CCAAGGAGAGAGGAGUGUAGCAAGAGAGAGAAAAGAAAACGUGAGAACUUUCUCUUUCCUUUCGAAUAAAAUUUAAAACUUAACCAAAAAACCAAGCUUUAAUAAAAAAAGAAAAACUGCGACCGCACUGCUUAAUACAUUCCUUUUGACUUUGGUGGCAGACACAGAAUUAUAUCUUAUUCUGUGGUCUUGGUGCAUUUGUCAGAGGAAGCAAUUUGGAAAAUGCCUCUCUUCAAGAGGAAGCCUUUUGAUUUAGCAAAGCCACCAGAAGAUUUGGAGCCCUCUGACCUUGUAUACCAAGUUCGAUUCACCAAGGAGAUUUUUCGAGAUUAUCAAGAGUAUCUGAACCGGAUAAAUUUAUAUCGUCAGAGAGUUUGGAUGUGUAAAUCUACUGGAAAAUCUAACUUGACUUAUGAAGAAGCCAUGGUGAUGGAAAAAAAUGCAAUUCAAAAGGUUCAACAGCUACCCAAUGAUCUUGUGGCACCUGCAUUGCGUAUUAUACAAUUUAGUAUGCUAUCAUUGAGAGAUCUUGCUGAUCUAGUGACUAAAAAAUUGCAGAAAGAUCUGUUUGUGGGUGCUGAAUUGUAUGGAAAGAAGGAUGAUGGUCUUUACCCAUGCAGAGUGUUAAAAAUUGUGGAGAAUGGUGUUGGAAAAAUGCAAUAUGAGGUGGCAUUGCUUGGAGAAAAUGAGAAAAUAACAGAAAAUGCAAUAUUACAUGGAGAAGAUCUGGUGUGGAAGAAAACACCCUUCAACAGAAAAAUUUUGAAGUCUUUUAUUCGGGAGUCCACAUGCCGAAGUAUUCCUUGGGUGCUUCAUGAAAAACUGGCGCAGAAACAUGGUAUUUCAACGGAUCUUCCAGAGGAGUUGCGUAGCAAAUUCUUCCUUCAAGGUGGACAGCUGGUUAACAGAACGAAGAAAAGGAAAAAUGAGAAUAGAAACAAUGUUGGGGAAGCAAACGGAGAAUCUGGGAAAUCCAAAAGGAAUAAAGGAGAAAUUGGGAAGCCUGAUGCUAGUAAGGAAGAAAAUAAUCAGCCUGAGGACGAACCUGUCAAAUAUCCAAUUGAUGACCUGCUGGUGAAGCCUGGUCCUGAUGAUCCACUGUUUACUGAUCGCCCCUCUCCUUCAAGGGAUUUCAAUGUUCCAAUGGAUUGUAUUGGUGAUCUUUUGAUGGUUUGGGAUUUUUGCUCUUCAUUUAGCAGGGUGCUCAAUUUAUGGCCAUUCUCUCUUGAAGAUUUUGAAAAUGCCAUCUGUCACAAGGAUAGUAAUUUGGUUCUCAUUGUGGAAACACAUUCAGCUCUACUUCGUAUACUCAUAAAAGAUGACGGUGAAUAUUCAUUGGCUUUACAGAACAAAAAACGAAAGUCGAAGAUUUCACUCAUCACUUGGACCGAGUAUGUCUGUGAUUUCUUGGAAAUGAUCAAUGUUACUGAAUUAUGCUCUUGUAUGACCACUAUAAAGCGAGGGCACUAUGGCCUUCUGGAUGCUAAUGCUAAGUUAGGGAUUUUGCGCGAAUUGGUUUGUCAUGCCCUUGAAACCGAUCUUAUCAGGGGCAAGUUGGAUGAUCUAAUUGAGCAGCGACGGGCACUUGGAGCCACAGUAAGAGGGGAAGCUUUGGAAUAUGCUAGAAAGAAACGAGAAGAAAAAGAACAGUUGAAAGGUGAGUCUAAUGGGUUAGAAGUAAAGGAAAAUAGUAUGGAGAGCACAGGAAGCAAUCCACAUAUGGCAGAAAAUGGAGAAGAGAAUGGUGAUAUGGUGGAGGAGGUUAUUUCAUCUAGACAAAGCAAUGCAUUUGUUAAUAGCAGGAAGCAAUUAAACGGGCAAUCCAAGAAAGGAGAGAAGCAAAAAUUGGAUCCAAAAGUCGAAGCUGAAAAUAUAACAAACUCAAAUGAGAAGGAAGCACAGAAACAGCUAACUGGUGAAAAAAAGGAAGAUCAGGAGAAGAAGAGUAAAGAAAAGAGGGAACAGAGGAAGGAAUAUUUUAAACGUGAGAUGGAGAAACGAAGCAUCCGGACCAAUCCCUUAGGUAAAGACAGAGACUAUAACAGGUAUUGGUGGUUUAGGCGAGAUGGGAGGAUAUUUGUUGAGAGUUCUGAUUCAAAGCAGUGGGGCUAUUAUUGUGCCAAGGAAGAGGUUGAUGCACUUAUGAGCUCACUUAAUCCAAAGGGUGAGAGAGAGCGAGCUCUUCAACAACAGCUGGAAAAAUUCUAUCCUAGGAUCAGCUUGGAACUCCAAAAAAGAUCAAAGGAUUUGGCUCAGAAGAUUGCCUUGGAAGAGGCUGUGCUGCGGAGAUCUACUCGUGUACGGGCACCGCCUAGGGAAAAUCCUGCUAAUGCAUUCCUCAAGUAUGUGAACAAGUGGAAAGAAGAUUAAUAUAUAUUCUGAGUUGGAUACACAUAGCUAAACUCCGGUGCCUUAUUAAGUAGUUGUUAGUAUGAAAAUAACAUUGGGUUGAGGGGCAGGGAUAGGAUGGUUGGUUAAUGGGAUUAUAUAGGAGGGAAGAAGAGGAACUGGGAUGGAGCCUUUUUUUGAUCCAUUCCUCUUUUAAUGACCAACCCCACGGACAAAAAGCCUAAUAUCUCUACUCAGUUUUGCAAAUGACAACAUUGUUCCUGUCAUUCUUUUAACUCUGCUGUUAAAGCACUUUACAUUUUACAAAUUUCUGACAUAAAAAUAUAUCAUAACAUUGAAUUA